CUUGUCUUGUGUGCCCCGUGUUGGGAAACUUGUCGACUUUCAUUCAGCCAGUGACUGGGGCUUUAGCCUUUGAAACGAUUACAAACAAUAAAUGGCUAUUCAAAUCAAAUGUAGCUACUCAAGAGUGUAGCGACCCAAGAGUGUAGUGACUCAAGGGGUGUUAGAUAAACAGAUUGCUGUGUGCUAUGUUGCAGAUUUUUGUUUUUACUGCGGCAUGUUACGUUGAUAAUGACUGACGACUUAGAAGGUCUUUAUAAUCGAUCGUUAUUUUGAAAGAAAUUCUUCUUAUUGCUCAAAUUUCAACUGUAAGUUUAGACCCUCGGUGUUUCCUAUUUUUUACACAUACUUUGAUUUGUUUAUCAAAACAGAUUUUCACUUUUGUCGGGCUUAAACAAACAUUGUUUCACCGUCACCUUCAAAGUAGACGAACUAAAAUAUUUUAUUUUAAGCUACGCAAAGUUAUAUGGCGUCGUUUUUCUUCAUUGCAAUUUUAACAAUUUCAGAGAUUUCAGAGAUUUCAUUUAUUUCACACGAGUUUCUCAAUGAAAUUAAGAAUUAUUUUUUAAAAUAAAAUUAGUAAUUUUAAAAAAAAAAUGAAACACUUACACGAGUACAAGAUUUGUUUGUUUGUUAAAGAAAUAGGUCUUUAUUUAUAAUAAUAAAUGUUAAUUUAUUCCAAAGGACUCUUAUUAUGGUUAGGUAAUUCUAAAAUUUCUCGUCAUAACACACUUGCUGUUUUUGUGUGUUUCUUGCAGGACUGUGUUGUGAAUAGAAGUUUCGAUGUCGAGAUUAUUUCUCAAGAGGCAUCUAUGAUGACGUCAUCACAGAAUUUUUCUGAAGGGGUGCAUAGUCUAAAGGAAUAGUGAUGCUUCACUUGGAGCUUUAGGAAGUCUAAAUGAAAGAUUGUCUGCCCAUAUAGAUGGAACGUGAACACAUAAAAUGUUUAUUCCAAUGUCAACUGUUCUGAAAUUUGAUAGCGAAUGAGCCUAACCUCUUUCUGUAUCUCGGCUUUGCGUCAGUCUACUAAAAAGAUGCAAUUAAAUUAACACACUACUAGAAGAAGACGCUUAUAAAUCUGGGGCGGAAAGUUUUAAUUUACUAAAGGGCAGGGAGACAUAAAACAAAUAUGGAUGACGUAAGCCUUAAAUCCUCGACUGGCUGCAGUGAAGGAUUCGGCCAAUCGCAGGCAAUGACUCCACAAUCGCAGGCACUGACCACUGACGGACGCAUGAAGAUUGGUCUUUUUGCUGCAUCGAGACAGCCAGCUAAACCAAGAGACAUCAAGAGUUUCCAGAUUUUACACAGUCCUCGUGUAUAUGGGUAAGAAUUAGUAGGUAAUAGUAUGAAAUAAUGGGUAAGAAAUAGUAUUGAAUAGUACAAUAUCUUUAAAAUUACUUAUUUUUUCAAUGGCUUAGUUCUAUUCAACACUUAAAUCAAUUGAGAUUAUAUAUAAUAUUCAACGUUUGUGUAGUUACUGUUGACAUUUGAGAUUAUAUAUAAUAUUCAAAGUUUAUCAUGCUUACUGUUGACAUUAAGAUUAUGUAUAAUAUUCAAAGUGUGUGUCCACUGAUAACAUUUGAGAUGAUAUAUAAUAUUCAAAGCGUGUUAUCCUUUGUUGGCAAUGAAUUUAUCGAUACGGUCGAAGAACAAUUGAUGCUCUAUGUGAAGAAUACUUUUAAAAAAUCUUCACGGUCUUUAAACCACAGUGUCCAUUACCAAUUUAUUUGACCUUUAAACCAGUGUCCAUUACCAAUUUAUUUGACCUUUAAACCAGUGUCCAUUAACAAUUUGUACCACAACAGAAUAUUUUCAAUGGCUAUACAAAUUAUUUAAAAAAUAGGUCACUGUAUUCGGAGAUGAUUUCUACUUUUGAAGCAUCAAACAAAACACUGAAUAGAGUUAGUAUUAAUUUAACCCAGCAGUGGGGUGCCUUGACUCAAUGCCCCCCACCUCCCCCGCUUCAUAAUCAGCGCCGUCUAGCACACAGACAACAUGUAUAUCUAUUUAUUUAUUUAUUUAGGCAUUUUUAUAUAGCGCUUACCUUAAAGCUCUAAGCGCUUUACAAUUAUUUAAAACAUGUAAACUAAGUAAAAUAAAAAUGAGACACUAGGAUAGUAACUACUAUAGAAACAAUUAAAAUGGCUAUAAAACGAGGACACUUUGGCCCGUUUUGGCCUAUAUAAUGUUAUAAAAAAAAAAAUCUUUCGAGUCUCUAGUUAUGCCACUGUAUUAAAAAAAAUUGACGUUACUUUACUUUCUUUUCUUUCUUUUUUUUUUUUUUUUUUUUUUUUUUUUUUGUUACCUACGUUAUAGGGUCACGUGGUAGCGUCACGUGGAGUUAACGAAUAACAAGGGAGUAAGAUAAAAAUAGAUGGCGUUUUGUUUUUAAUCCACUGUUUGCUAAAACAACAUCUACGUCACUAAAGAUCAUCAUGAAUAUGACAAGUUAAUAGUGCCUGGAGAAAACGAUCGAUGUCAUGACCUCUCACAGUUCAGGAGGGAAAAAAAGAGUGGGGGGGGGGGGGGGGGUGCAGGCCAGUUAAACCAGGUUUCAUGAUCGUAAGAGUAUUCAGUUUGCUUAGGGACGUAUAACUUUUAAAUACAUCACAUAUAGAUUAAACCAUUUCAAAAUUUCAACCAAAAUGUGUCUUAAAGAGCCAUAAUGUCUUAAAGAGCAAUAAUGUCUGAAUAUAACCAGAUUUGUUUAGAGCAGUAAGCCAUUUUAUAAUCAUUGUUUGUCUUAUUAAACAUAAACUGGCGACAUCAAUUACACAACAGACCGAGUGGUCCAGGCUUCCAAAGGAAACUAACUGAUCGAUGGUAGAAAUCAAAACGUAGUAACCUACCCAGUGCCCUACCCCCACAAACAAACACUUAGUUCCUAAACCAAUGUCAACUAUGCCGAAUCAGAAAAUAAAAUAGCAUUACAACAACAAAGUCUGGAAUGUUUACAAACUUCGGUUUGUAGGUCACGACUAUAACAAUUCAUCUCAUGUCAACAAUAUUACUAUUACCAACCAUUCAUGUCAGUUAGACCACAUUACUUUUACUCACACUAGGAUCAUUCAUCUCAUGUCAACAAUAUUACUAUUACCAACCAUUCAUGUCAGUUAGACCACAUUACUUUUACUCACACUAGGAUCAUUCAUCUCAUGUCAACAAUAUUACUAUUACCAACCAUUCAUGUCAGUUAGACCACAUUACUUUUACUCACACUAGGAUCAUUCAUCUCAUGUCAACAAUAUUACUAUUACCAACCAUUCAUGUCAGUUAGACCACAUUACUUUUACUCACUCUAGGAUCAUUCAUCUUAUUUCAACACUUUUACUGUUACUCACCAUUACAACCAUUCAUCUCAUAUCAACAAUAUAACCUUUACACAUCACUAGAACCAUUCAUCUCAUGUCAACAAUAUUACCUUUACACACCACUAGAACCAUUCAUCUCAUGUCAACAAUAUUACCUUUACACAUCACUAGAACCAUUCAUCUCAUGUCAACAAUAUAACCUUUACACAUCACUAGAACCAUUCAUCUCAUGUCAACAAUAUUACCUUUACACACCACUAGAACCAUUCAUCUCAUGUAAACAAUAUUACCGUUACACACCACUAGAACCAUUUAUCUCAUGUCAACAAUAUUACCUUUACACACCACUAGAACCAUUCAACUCAUGUCAACAAUAUUACCUUUACACACCACUAGAACCAUUCAUCUCGUGUCAACAAUAUUACCUUUACACACCACUAGAACCAUUCAUCUCAUGUCAACAAUAUUACCUUUACACAUCACUAGAACCAUUCAUCUCAUGUCAACAAUAUUACCGUUACACACCACUAGAACCAUUCAUCUCGUGUCAAAAAUAUUACCUUUACACACAACUAGAACCAUUCAUCUCGUGUCAACAAUAUUACCUUUACACACCACUAGAACCAUUCAUCUCAUGUCAACAAUAUUACCUUUACACAUCACUAGAACCAUUCAUCUCAUGUCAACAAUAUUACCUUUACACACCACUAGAACCAUUCAUCUCGUGUCAAAAAUAUUACCUUAACAAACCACUAGAACAAUUCAUCUCAUGUCAACAAUAUUACCUUUACACACCACUAGAACCAUUCAUCUCGUGUCAAAAAUAUUACCUUUACACACCACUAGAACAAUUCAUCUCAUGUCAACAAUAUUACCUUUACACACCACUAGAACCAUUCAUCUCGUGUCAACAAUAUUACCUUUACACACCACUAGAACCAUUCAUCUCGUGUCAACAAUAUUACCUUUACACACCACUAGAACCAUUCAUCUCGUGUCAAAAAUAUUACCUUUACACACCACUAGAACCAUUCAUCUCAUGUCAACAAUAUUACCUUUACACACCACUAGAACCAUUCAUCUCGUGUCAAAAAUAUUACCUUUACACACCACUAGAACCAUUCAUCUCAUGUCAACAAUAUUACCUUUACACACCACUAGAACCAUUCAUCUCAUGUCAACAAUAUUACCUUUACACACCACUAGAACCAUUCAUCUCGUGUCAAAAAUAUUACCUUUACACACCACUAGAACCAUUUAUCUCAUGUCAACAAUAUUAUCUUUACACACCACUAGAACCAUUCAUCUCGUGUCAACAAUAUUACCUUUACACACAACUAGAACCAUUCAUCUCAUGUCAACAAUAUUACCCUUACACACAACUAGAACCAUUCAUCUCAUGUCAACAAUAUUACCUUUACACACCACUAGAACCAUUCAUCUCAUGUCAAAAAUAUUACCUUUACACACCACUAGAACCAUUCAUCUCAUGUCAACAAUAUUACCUUUACACACCACUAGAACUAUUCAUCUCGUGUCAAAAAUAUUACCUUUACACACCACUAGAACCAUUUAUCUCAUGUCAACAAUAUUACCUUUACACACCACUAGAACCAUUCAUCUCGUGUCAAAAAUAUUACCUUUACACACCACUAGAACCAUUCAUCUCAUGUCAACAAUAUUACCUUUACACACCACUAGAACCAUUCAUCUCAUGUCAACAAUAUUACCUUUACACACCACUAGAACCAUUCAUCUCGUGUCAACAAUAUUACCUUUACACACCACUAGAACCAUUCAUCUCAUGUCAACAAUAUUACCGUUACACACCACUAGAACCAUUCAUCUCAUGUCAACAAUAUUACCUUUACACACCACUAGAACCAUUCAUCUCAUGUCAACAAUAUUAUCUUUACACACCACUAGAACCAUUCAUCUCAUGUCAACAAUAUUACCUUUACACACCACUAGAACCAUUCAUCUCAUGUCAACAAUAUUACCUUUGCACACCACUAGAACCAUUCAUCUCGUGUCAACAAUAUUACCUUUACACACCACUAGAACCAUUCAUCUCAUGUCAACAAUAUUACCUUUACACACCACUAGAACCAUUCAUCUCAUGUCAAUAAUGUUACUAUUACCACAAGAACCAUUCAUCUCAUGUCAACUAAUCCAGCCUCUAUGCUUAUUUUUCAUCAUACAUUUAAUUUGAGAUCCAUUAUUGGAUCACUUGACCAAACAAAAACAUGACGUUGUAAUUGCAAAACACAAUCAAUCCAGUACGGCAAUGAUUCGCCAGACAAUAUUUGAUCGCUAUCUUGUAACCAGCCAGUAAUGGACAUCUCCCACGACCUGCAACAGAUGUAGCCAAGCUGUGCAUUACUUAGUUUCACACAGACUGGGGCUAUGCUAUUAUUUUUUAUAACGAUAAAAGUAACUCGGUUCUUAAAGUAACCGAAGUGCUGUAACCAUGUCAUGUCUCCAAUAGAUCUUGUAUUCAUUUGUCUCCAAUAUAUGUUUUAAUCGUAUGUCUCCAAUAGAUCUUGUAUUCAUUUGUCUCCAAUAUAUUUUUUAAUCGUAUGUCUCCAAUAGAUCUUGUAUUCAUUUGUCUCCAAUAUAUGUUUUAAUCGUAUGUCUCCAAUAGAUCUUGUAUUCAUUUGUCUCCAAUAUAUUUUUUAAUCGUAUGUCUCCAAUAGAUCUUUGUUGUCGUGUUUAGGCCCAUCUAGAUUUUAGAUGUUCAAAAUUAACCCACCCAACCUACCCGACUCUAAUUAACCCACCCAACCUACCCGACUCUUAUUAACCCACCCAACCUACCCGACUCUAAUUUACGCACAAUGUAUUAUUUAUAUAUACCGGUAUAUAAACAGCUUAUCUCCAAAUCUUUAAAAACGUUUCUAUAGGGAAUGUAUACAAGAUAAAUAUUCUAAAGUGGUUCCCAAACAUUUAUUCCAAACAUUAAUGUUUGGUUGAUUGAAGAGACACAUUUUUAAGAUACCAUAAGACCCAUUUUUAUGUAGGCCCAGAGACGUCACUGGGGUUGGUGUCACCUAGUGCGAUAAACUCCUCAUGUCACCCCCCUCCCUUCGGAGUCCAACACCGGAUCACAUUAAGUUUCCUUCUUCACCACACAUUUACUAAAUUGUCUUAAACUGGAUCUACUUCAUCAUGAUGAGAGUUCCAUCAGGUUGUUGAUAGUCUUUUCAAUGCCAUUCCAGAGUGUUCAAUUAAAACAUCACAUCUGUAGAAAAGCAGGAAACAUCUCUCGCAAGAUAAACACCAAAUGUGUCACGUGAUGCAGUCUCAGCAAAUGAGUUUUGACCUUAAAAAUUAUAUCCAUUAAAAAUAGUUUUAUGAAUUGUGACAGCAUGAGUGACUGACAAUUAUUCUUGUGCUUGUAGUGUUUAUUAAUUGUACUUUGUGACUCGAUGGUCCUGUGUUGUGGUAAUGGUGUAUGACUGGACGUGGUGAGUUGUUUCCAUGAAUAUUUAAACUUAAAUGUGUUUAUUGGUUGAAGAACUGAAGCGAGUGGCCAUGUGAUGUAGGGUUUAAAAAGAAUGCAGAAUGGUGAAUAAAGUUAGUUGUUACACAGACUUGAGUUGAUCUUUUAUACUUUUAUUAUACUAUUACAGAAAUUGUGCAAGCAUUUUCGAUUUUUUUUUAUUCCACCCCUUUCCAGUUAUUUAUGAAUGUAAGAAGCACUACUCUCAAUCCACCUUUUAGAAUGUGGAUUUUCCCCACAUCUGAUCACCGCAGAAUCUGGUCGAUGAGCCAUAGGCCAGCUGGGAGUUUUAAUAUGAUUCCAAAAUACAAAAAGAAUGUACUUCCGAGUUUAUCGUUGAUAUUUUUCUGAAGUGAACGUCGCUAAACAAUGACCCGAUUAGGGCGUCACAAAUCUAAGCUCAAUGCCCCUUAUCUUAUGAUACCCUGUUCUUGUGCACCUUGCUCUUGUUGCACCCUGGUCUUAUGACCCCUUGAUCUUAUGACACCAUGUUCUUGUGCGCCCUACUCUUAUGACACCCUGUUUUUGUGGAGCCCUGUUCUUAUGACACCCUGGUGUUAUGAGCCCCUGUUGUUAUGACACCCUGUUUUUGUGAAGCCCUGUUCUUAUGACACCCUGGUGUUAUGAGCCCCUGUUCUUAUGACACCCUGUUUUUGUGAAGCCCUGUUCUUAUGACACCCUGGUGUUAUGAGCCCCUGUUCUUAUGACACCCUGUUCUUGUGCGGCCUUUUCUUAUGACACCAUGUUCUUGUGAAGCCCUGUUCUUAUGACACCUUAAUCUUAUGACCCGCUGUUCUUGUGACACCAUGUUUUAUGACACCCUUUUCUUGUGGCGCACUGUUCUUGUGGCACCCUGGACUUAUGACACCCUGUUCUUGUGGCACCCUGGUCUUAUGACACCCUGUUCUUGUGACGCCCUGUUCUAAUAACACCCUGUUUUGUGGUGCCCUUUUUUGUGAAACCCUGAUCUUAUGACGCCUUGUACUUGUGGCGCCCUGUUCUUGUGGUGCCCUGUUCUUGUGGUGCCCUGUUCUUGUAGUGCCCUGUUCUUGUGACGCACUGCUCUAAUAACACUCCGAUCUAUUUUGUGGCGCCCUUUUCUUGUGGCGCCCGUUCUUACGGCGCCCUGAUCUUAUGACGCAUUGUACUUGUGGCGCCAUGUUCUUGUGUCACGGCGCCCUUGUACCGCUCAGUCUGGUGGCACCCUGGUCUAGCAUUUAAAUUAGAUCAGUUGUGAAACAAACUCGGGCGACCUUUUCAAAUCUGCAAUCUUCUAUUGGGUGUCACCCCUGUGAGUGUGUGACCCGUUACAGUCCACACCCCCCCCCCCUUGACGCCACUGUGUAAGCCUACGAUGUUGUAUUUAUUUGACCAUUUUUGUGUUGAUAGUUGAUAUUUGUAUUCAAUUUUAAAUGACUUAUUCAUCUGAUAUAUACUGUAAUUAAAAGCCUUGACUCCAUGAUUUUUCUUUCAGAAGCGCAGAACUGCUUCUUCAAUACGAGUCUGCCUGCAGACAACAGGACCAGUACCUGCAAGAAAUUAAAGACUUGUGGUCCAUGUUCCGCAGUAAAUCAGCCAGUCCCACCAGUAAGACAUUGUUGAACGACAAACCUCGUAAUCAAAAAGGUUAUUUUUGGACCCCCCUGCUCCCUUUACCAAGUCGAACUGAUGACAGAUCCCCGAACAGGGCCUGUGUGUUACAUGCCCGGAAACACAGGGCCACGUCACAUACUACUGGUACAGUGGGUCGUCACGAUAAGAACACGACAGCGCCUCCUCCAAAAUCCUCUGCCAAAACUGAUAAAGUGGACACACGCAAGGUGAUUCAGCCCAUCAAGCUGCCGCCCAUCGAGGAACUUGAUCGAUAUGAGACCGAUUACGAACCCAUUGAACACAUCGCCCGACGCAACCAACUGAAUCUCAACAUGUAUCUCAAAGAAGGGAGGACACUGAAUAACCUGACACCAAGUGAAUCAAGCGAUGACUGAAGUCAAAGCCCUGUUGUGUAGCGACGCCACUGUGGCUGUGUAUCCGUCUGAAAGGAUAUUGUUUAUAAAUUCCACAUUAAAAAGUUUGCUUUUAAGUCACCCAUCAUCGUUUGAAAUGUAACGUAAUCAACGUGUUUUUAUGUAUCGGUAUUAGUAAUCGCUUCCCGAGUGACAUCUGAGAAUUCAUCCAUGUAUUAAUUGUAAAGCAUCCGUCAAAAUAAAACAUAAAUAU